UUCUGUCCCCGAUUCGCUGAGAGCGCGCCUCACAAUUCAACAGCUGCACAUAGCGACUUGCAAACAUUGAAUAAGAACAAUAUGACCGACAAUUGUAGGAAGGUGAACAAAUUUGGCUAGCUGCUAUUAUUCAUGAAUUUGCUAGUUUAGCGACAGGAUGUAACACGCAGUUUAUUUCACUUAGAUAUAUAAUUUCGAUGAAUUGAAAGUUUACCUGGAAAGCCUGAAUUGGAAUCUACUUACUAAGACCUAACUCCCCUGGAUGAAUCACUGACAAUCUUCCACAUUGAUAUUCAGAAAUGUCAUACAGUAACUCCUUAAUACUUAAGUAUAUAGAUCAAUUGCACAACUUUUGAGGAAAUGCCAACUCACCUGUUGUUGCCAUAUGUGGAAAGUCCAGAUGGACUUGGACAAGACGUUCUAAAUAUUAGUAGUGCUAGCAUGCCAGGGUCUGGCUCCAGCAUGACUCCUCACAGUGCCACCAUCACUAACAAAGCUGAGGCUCAGCCUGAGGGAAGCCUGCUGGAAGCCCUGGACUGUAUGUUUUGUGACCAGACCUUCACACACCAAGAUGACCUGGGCCCACACGUCCUGACCCAGCACCCCACAACACUGUUCGAAACGGCAGUUCUGCGUGUGGAGGCAGAGUUCUUGAUCCCAGGUGAGAGAGCCCGGUCCAAACCCAGGUUGCCAUCUGUGAAGGAGGUGGUAUUUAGCUGCGUUGUGUGUGAUCAGGCCACAGAGGGUGCCAGCGAGCUGGAGAGCCACAUGAGGACACACAAGGACUGUUUCACUUUUCACUGUAACCUUUGUGGCCGGCGGUUCAAGGAACCCUGGUUUCUCAGGAACCAUAUGAGGUUCCAUAAGGCUAAGGCCCAGCAGAACCUGGAUGGUCCAGUUAUUAUCAAUGAAGUCAUCCAAGACCAAGGCCCAGAGCCCGUAAUCACCCAUUACAAAAUGUGCUUUACAUGUGGCUUCUUCUUCCCCGAUAAAGACCAUUUGGUGGAACACAGCAAAGUACAUAGUAAAGAAUUAGAGGCUGAUGAAAACAGAGAAAAGGAUAGACAGGAAGAUCCCCUCAGUCAACAAGGUUUUUUACAGGUACUCAACCUUCGCCCCCUCUCUGAGGAAAGAAGUAUACCAGAGAGAUCUUCUAGGUGGAUUGCCCAACUAGACCCUUUCAACACCUACCAGGCCUGGCAACUUGCCACCAAGGGAAAGAUAGCAGUUUGUCCAAGUGUGGCUAAAGAUGUAGGCCUAAUCCAAGACCACAGCUCUAACAACGAGGACUCUGGCUCAGAUAAAGAACUAACAAACAUCUGGUCAGAAGGCCAAGAAGGUGACAACAAUGGUGUUAAAGACAACUUGGGUAGAGAACUGAGAUCCAGACAGACUGCUGGAGAGACCCCAUCACCAGAACCUGAUCAGAAGUCAAGUCGAAAUGACAAGCCGACGCACUGUGAGGACUGUGGGAGGACGUUCAGGACGUACCACCAGCUUGUUCUCCACUCCAGGGUGCACAAGAGGGAGAGCCCCACCGCCUUCAUUGAUGGCAAGCUCUCCAGAGCAGGGUCCCCCAAAGAAGAGGGGUCUGAAGGCUGGUCAGAGGAUGGAGUACCGGGAGAUGCCUUCUAUUCAGAUAAAAGUGAAGAUGGAUUUGAUCAAAUGAAGGUGAAACAUCUUGUGUCCUCCAGGGAGUGUAGUUACUGUGGCAAGACAUUCCGUUCCAGCUAUUACCUCAACAUUCACCUAAGGACCCAUACAGGUGAAAAACCAUACAAAUGUAUAUACUGUGACUAUGCUGCGGCCCAGAAAACCUCACUGAGAUAUCACUUAGAUAGACGUCACAAGGACAAACCUUAUACUGACAUCCCUAAUAAGCCUGUGAUAUCUGUGCCAUCUCCCAGUGAGAAAGAAUUCACGAGAAACAGAGAAGACAAACCGGUCCCCAACCGAUCCAAACUGUGGCCAACUCCCAAUGUCAGCCCUGCAACCAAACCUUGUGCAAUUAUGAAACCAGAGGAUAGAUUUAAUAGCAUCGGUGUCAAGAUUGCCAGCCCACUUGCUCAAGUGAAUGCUGAGUAUGGGAAAUUGCUUUCUACGGCUGCUUACUCUUCUUCUGCAGACAUAAAAUGCCCCGUACCUGUUAACCUGAAGAUGGAAGGACAGGAGACAAAUCACACUUUACCUGUUAACUUGAAGAUGGAAGGACUGGAGACAAAUCACACUUUACCUGUUAACUUGAAGAUGGAAGUACUGGAGACAAAUCACCCCGUACCUGUUAACCUGAAGAUGGAAGGAAAGGAAAUAAAUGACGAGGGCUUCAGCGCCCCAUUAAAUUUGUCCUUAAAAGUGUCACUUUCCAUCUCCGCCACCCUAAUACCAAGGAAUGUGUUGAUUUCCAACACCUGUUUGUCCUGUGCCUUCAGCACUCUGUACCCAGAGGUCCUGCUCAUGCACAAGAAGCUGCUUCACAAGGAGAAGUCUGACAUAACUAAGAACAGAAGUCUAAAACUGAAGCGUUAUACUGGCUGCCCCCCUGCCCUUGAGGGCAAAGAUGUCACCCCGCUGCCUCCUGUAGAUCGGAGACACCCUCGCCGGACCAAAUCCCCAACCCCUCAGCCUCCUGGAAAACCUACAGGAAAGACUCACCCCUCCAACCCUCCUCAUGGGUGUAAAUGGUCUCUCACCAAUGACCCCCGGAAGGAGAUGGGAGCCCCGGGCCUGGACAAUCAGCGGUACAGGAUGAUGAUGAUGCCACCAACCACCAGCCAGGGCCAAUCCAGGUUUACAGAGCCAGCAGAACAAUCCAACACCAACGGUAGAAAAUAUAGCAGACCUGUAAUGGAGAGACCGACGCAGAACCCAUCGGACAGCAGAGUGGCAAGCGGCUUAAGAAGCGGCCCUGUGAGGAGCGGUAGUGUUGUAAUCAGGCCCUCAGAUGCUGCCAGGCUAUGCCUCUCCAGCCGGUUUGGUAGUCUGCCCCCAAUGGACUUUGGUGAACCUUCCAGUAAGAGGCAGAGAUUCUCUGGGCUCCCCGGAAGGGAAACGGACACUGUUGAUACUGGCUUUAUGAUGGAGGACAGGUACAACAGACUGCUGCCCUCAGGAAGGAAUGGAGCCUCUCCCUCUCACAGGCCGCGGGCCUAUGCCCCAGUCAAAGCGUCCAACCCUCCAGCCUCUGCCAGCAGCAGCAGUAUGGAGACUGACUGGAAUAUGAUCAACAUCCUCCGUUCCUACAGCCCCAGUGACCUGGCCUCCCUCUACCAUCCCAUGGCUAACCCCAGUCAUGGUGUGCAGACAAACCCAAGAGGGAGUAGGCCAUUACUCUACCCAGCUAGUAUGCUACAGAGGAGAGCCUAUUCCAGACCCAUCAGUAAUGAAUGCAGUGGACCCACUGACGAAAGGGCUUAACUGUUCUAAUGGUAGGCUAUUGUUCUGGUUGACUUCACCGGCCAUGUUGUAAGUAACUUUGGCUGUCUUAAGUUUUGUGUUGAGAUAAAUAGUAUACAUUUGAUAGCCUUCGGUAGGUUUGAAAUACACGGAGAAGUUCAUGCUACAAGCCAUCUUUUGAGAGCUUACCUGGAGGACAGGCCUGACCCAUAGAUGACCUAUCCCCACUGAUCUAUACACAUCUAUCUAAUACAACAGAGUUGAGGUUGUAUGCAUUGACAAAUGACUGUUUGAAUAUCAUAUUGUUAUGGUUGCACUAGAUAAAACAUGUAUAAAUGAGAAAAGUCGCUCUAAAAAGAGGACGUUACCUUUUGUUUGUUAAUACGCUGUUCUGUCUAAUAUGACAUACAGUCAGCAAUCAAAGGACCAUGUUUUUGUCAAAGCACUGAUGUUGGGUAGGGUUUUAUCCGACCUACAGCUUGAGUUCUUAGUUUACAAAACAAAAGCUGUAUGUUGACGUAUCUUGCCUCAAACUCAAUUUAUAGACUGUUGACGCUCAUAGUAGGCAGUUAUUUUUGUCAUGAUAUGAAGCUGCUGUAGCUAUCAUGUCUACUAUUGAGCCAGUGCAUUUUGGAGAGUUGGGAGCAACAUGUCUGUGCCUAUAAGUAGUAGUUAUUCACUGGCUAAACAUGAUCAGAGCCUGAAGCCAGGGAUUCCUGCUUCUGGGUAUUAUGUGAAAUGUGCAUAGAAAAGGCUGCUGGUUCUGUUCUGCAUAUGGAUUCCUCACAACCGACUAUGCUGCAACAGUGGCAAAACAUGGACUAAAUAUCAAGAGAAUAUCUGAGGGAUUCUAGUUUUUGUGUGCACAAAUACUGUUCAGAUGUUUCUUUUUUUAGAUCGACUGUUUUUCCAUACUGUAUUCAGGACUCUGUUCAUGUUAUGCAGGAUCUUAAGAUAGUCUUUUGCCUCAAGUUGGAUUGUGUUAACUUGUCUGUCUGCUUUGUCACUGGUUUUUCUGAAGCUGUGGUCUACUACUUAUUGAUUCUGUAUAUGAAAAAACAAUUGUCUCAGGUUUCAGAAUUCAAUUUGAGCUCUGAUAUGAUUCUACUUCAUUUAUGCAUUAACUGUUACAAAUUAAUGCACAUGGUGUAGGAAGCGUUCUGAUAUUUUCAAGCAAUUUGGGCACACCAGACUUAUGUUAUUUCAUAUUUUUGCUGUUAUAAUUUUUAAGGUGUUAUUUAUUUCUGUACAGUUUUGUUUUCUACGUGUGUGCAAUGUAAAAAGUGAAAUAUCGUUCAAGAGUUGUAUGACUAUCACCAUGAGUCAAUGACAUUUGGGGCAUAGAUGAGUAGUGUUAUAAUAUUUGUUUGUGCGGUUUUUAAAAUGUCUACAGGUAUCUUACCAAGUCUUACUAUAGGCAUACCACCUUCCUGUUUAUAUAACCUUGAAACAACUUUUGAGACUUUUUUUUGUCACUGGAAAUGAACAAUUUCAUAUUUCUCCUUUCCUGCUUUCAUAAGCAUGGGGUUAUUAAGUUAUCAUUUAAAUCUAAGUUUGGUUUAUGUAUUAGCCUAGGUAAUUAUUGUGACGGAUACUGGAAUUUACUCCGAUUUGCGAUGCUAUGUCUGCCUAUGCUGCUCUACAGUACUUUAUACAGUGAUUUCACCCAGUGUGGUUUACGUUCGCCUAAUAAAUGAUAGCCAUGUCAA